AUGGCUUCACAGGAAAAGCCUAUGCCGUUCAUCAAGAACCUGGCAUCAAGUGAUCGCAAAACCCGUACCGCCGCCCUCGAGUCCCUCCGCACCUUCCUGUCCGCAAAGCACAUCUCCUCCUCCCUCUCGACCCUCGACAUCCUCAAGCUUUGGAAAGGUCUCUUCUAUGCCCUCUGGAUGUGUGAUCGGCCCUUGCCGCAGCAGGCGCUCUGCCAGGACCUUGCCGAUCUCGUCUGGGUGCUGCCCCCAACAGCCGUCGUUCCCUGGCUGAGAGGCUUCUGGGCCACGAUGGCGCGUGAGUGGACCACGGGGAUCGAUGUGCUGCGCAUGGAGAAAUUCCUGCUGCUUGUAAGAAGGAUGCUGGCCAGCAGUCUGGCGUGGAUGCAGUUGCAGGAGCCGGCCAAGAAGACAGCACGUGCGAGGAAGAGGCAGUUGGACGGAUCGGUCGAACGCCAGAGCCCUAGGUUCGACGACAAGAAAGUGGAGCAGAUGUUAGGACUGCUAGCCGACUGGCCCUUCAGGCCGGACGAGGAGAGCAGGAAAGAGGAGGAAGAGGACGGCCUGAUGCCCAAGAUUGUUCCCGUUGGGCUGAAGCUGCACACAUUGGACAUUUGGGUUGACGAGGCCGAAAAGGCCCGCAUGCUGGAGGAGAGCAAAGAGCCCGAGGCUGGGGACCACGGCAGGGGUAAACAGACAGCAGGUUCAGACGGCCUCCCAGGGGACGAUGUCCUCCAACGCCUUAGGGGCCUUGUCGAGACGCUGCAUUCCACGACACUCAGCCCGGCCGUGCGGAAACGCUCCAAGGAGUCCUUGCUUGACGAGCGCCUGGCUCGAAGUCGCCAGCGGCACGACCGCGAUGAGCCGGGCGGGGGCGGUGGCAGUGGCCAUGAUGAUGAAUGGGUCGGGUUGGACUGA